UGAUAAGUUUACGUCUGAUGUAAAGGACGAGUUACAAAUACACAGAAACUUUUUUUCUCACUGAUUCGUGGUUUUUACAUUGCGAUUCAAUGACAACAAAUUCCAACAUGAUAGCGUUAGUACUUACGACAUUAAACUUGGGUUCCGGUUUGGUAAAGUCUUUAACCAUUGACGUAAAUAGCUUUACCUAUAUGGAAUCGGCACCAAGAACAACGGAACCAAACGUCUCCAUGGAGGUCCCCCUGAUGGCACGAGCUGGUAGUCCCAGGAUCUCUUGUGGGGCACACUGUGUAUCAGCAGGCCAGUGUGUUGGGAUAGAGGUGUGUGGGGGAGAGCUUUGUCGUCUGUGGAAUGGAAGCUUUCAAACUAACGUUACUUUUAGUUCGACAUCAGCGAUCGACUGUCAUCGCUAUUCGAAGAAUUCACAAUCAGGUCCAAAUAUAGACAUUACCACUGCUGCUGUAGCAAGUAACCUUCAGACAACUGACUUAUCUACUAUAGCUGUUGGAGGAACUUACAGCCCUACAACUGCUGCUGUUCCAACAAAAAUUAACCUUGGGACAACUGCUUUAACCAUUACAGCUAAUGGAGGAACUACUGACCAAACAACUCUAGCUGUUCCAACGACAAAUAGUGAACAGACACAUGGUCCAACUACUGUAGCUAAUGGAGGAACAACCGACCAAACAACACUAGCUGCUCCAACGACAAAUAGUGAACAGACACAUGGUCCAACUACUGUAGCUAAUGGAGGAACAACGGACCAAACAACUGUAGCUGUUCCAACGACAAAUAGUGAACAGACACAUGGUCCAACUACUGUAGCUAAUGGAGGAACUACCGACCAAACAACUGUAGCUGUUCCAAAGACAAAUAGUGUACAGACACAUGGUCCAACUACUGUGGCUAAUAGAGGAACUACCGACCAAACAACUGUAGCUGUUCCAACGACAAAUAGUGUACAGACACAUGGUCUAACUACUGUGGCUAAUAGAGGAACUACCGACCAAACAACUCCUGCUGUUCUAACGACAAAUAGUGUACAGACACAUGAUCCAACAACUGUGGCUAAUGGUGGAACAACCGAACUCACCACUGAUAUUGUUCAAACAACAGAUGACCCAACCACUCCUGCUCUUGCGGGAUCUUCCGAUGCGACGACUGUUGCUCUUCCAACAACAUCUUAACUUUAGACAUCUUGUCUUCUAUGUUUCUUUAAAUAACCGAUUAGACCAGCAAAAAAAACCCCCAGAAACACACGGAUUUUAUAUUGUGUUGACUUAUUAAUAUGGAACUUUGCGUCCUUUUCAACGAAAGUUUAUAGGCUUUUCAUCAUUAUUACACUGCCGUAAAUAAACAAUAUAGCGAAUCCUUUUCUGAAAAAAGCAGACCAAAAUCUAAAACAAAGGAUUUAACUAUCUUUAUUGUUUGCUGACAUUUCAAUUAAAAAAAAUAAAAUCCUUACACAUGUUUCAUUAACAUUAAGUAUUUUAUUUUUGUUAAGGAAUUAA